UCCAUCUUCAGGUCCAUGCGGCUCAUAUAUACUGUAGCCGACUUUCAGGGCUGGGUAUAUGUUUGAGGAUUGGCAUAUCAUAGCUCCCUCAAUUUCAUCUGCGUAAUUUACAAGGUUGCUAUUAUUUCCAGGGCACUGAAACACAGAGGCAUUACCUACUAAGUCACACACCUGGUAAGUGGAUGUGAGGGAACUGAGCCCAGCCAGUAGGUACUGGAUCUGUGAUCUCAUUAGUAGACCAGAGCUAAGUACAGUAGAUAGUAACCGGGACUUCAGAACGGAACCUUUGACAACAGCUGCCAUUAUACAGAAAGAAGGGAUAGGGCUUUUUCUAAAACUCAGCUACACAAGGGCUAUCACAUACAACUUGUAAAUGGGGCCUGGAGGAGGACCUGGAGGAGGAGAAGGGGGCUAUGUCUCACACACUAAUAGACCUUUCUAGCAGGUACCUGUGCUCUGAGUAGAUCUGAGGCUGCUUGGAGCAGGCAGAGUUCCUGGCUGUAGACAUGGAGGCUGGAACUGCACCCUCCAGACCUGUUGCUAAAUUCUGAGAUAAUGUGUGACCCAACCUGGUUCCUCUGGGGCCAGAUCUUUUCAAGAGUCAGGACCCAGACACCUGGUUAGGAAAGCCUAGCUUAGGACAAGACCUCUCACUCCUAGGGAGGACAGACAUCUCCCCUGGAGUGUUUGAUUUUACCUUUGUGAGUUCCCACCUCUGAGAAAGAGAUGAUAGUAUCUUUAUAAAGCUCUUCACGAAGCCCAAUGUGGUCACUACAGGGUGUUCUGAACACGUAACUAGAAUUAAGCAAUCCACAUACCCAGGUAAUUAAUCACUAGUGCCAUCUGUAGAUGUUAAAGCGGAAAGCAAUCCUUUUCUUCAGAUAAGCGCUUGCCCAUGUGGAAUUCGCAUACCUAAUUUUCACACCAGUUCUGCCUCCUCCUAAUGGCGUGAGCUGUGGCAGGUCACAGAUCCCAGACCCACCUCUGCUCUGCAGCCCACCCAGCAGCCUGCAGCCUCGCCCUGGGUUGAUAUGGAGGGAAUAACCUGUGCCUUUCUCCUGGUGCUAGCAGGUCUGCCUGUCUUGGAAGCCAAUGGUCCAGUUGAUAAAGGCAGUCCCUUCUACUACGACUGGGAGAGCCUGCAACUGGGAGGAAUGAUCUUUGGGGGGCUCCUGUGCAUCGCUGGAAUUGCCAUGGCCCUGAGUGGCAAGUGCAAAUGUAGGCGCAACCAUACGCCCAGUUCCUUACCUGAGAAAGUCACUCCACUCAUCACUCCAGGCUCUGCCAGUACCUGACGAACUGAACACAGGACCAAGUUUGGAGGCAGCUUUUUGAUGACUUCCUGCUGUAUCUCCCCUCUGGAGAUCUUCCUCUCCAAAAUGGCUUCCCUAGAGCACACUUAAGUCUUCAGUGACAGGGAAGGGUGUUCCAAAGUUGAUUUUAUAUUAAACUGGUCUUGCUGCUC